GGCACCUUCCUUCACUCGAGGGUGUCACGUCAUGCAGUGGUUACAGGCAGAAAGAGACGGUCAUAGCCGAUCAGACAGAGAGAGAGAGAGGGAUACAGGCAGGUGCGGAAGUAGCAAAGCAGUGCAAGCCGGCGCUUGAGCAACGAACAAAGUCUCUGUACAACAGCUCAUCCAUCCAUCCAUGGCAGCUGCAUGUGUCGGUCAUCAAGUAACGUCGAACCGGUGCUCCGUGCGUGCACAGUUGUCGUUCCGACGUUACUUGACGACUCCCACAUGCAGCUCCGCAGGACCAUGAGUGUGUGUCUCCAUUCUUCCUCCAUAUCCAUCAUGGCUACAGCUACAGACAAUGUCCGUCGUCAAAGCGAUAUCUGCCGCCACAAACACACACACAUACACCCACCCGCAGGCACACGCACACGAGCAUACGUACCGUCUAUUCUUCAAUGCGGUCGCUUCCCACCUGUGUGUUGUACUUAGGUGGUCUUGGAUCUAUUUGGCUUUGAGUGCCACGAGCAGCGCGUUGGUGACCACGGUCAUCUCGUUGAAUGCCUUCGCCACCUCGCCGACCAGCUCCAGCAUGUCCUCCUUGCCACUCCAGGCCUCGACCAGCGACAUCGCAUACGCCUCCCCCUCCAGACCCGCCCCCUUCAGCUCCUCCUUCAACUCGUCCUCGGGCGACGGGUCAGUGCUCGCCUCGAAGCCCUCACGGCCACUGGUGGGGUGGAACAUGCCACCACGCAACCGCAGAACCAGGUGCAGGGUGGAUUCCAGCUUGAUGUUGUAGUACAUGAGCAUCAGGUUGUCCUCCAGCUGUCUGCCGCCGAACAUCAGGCGCUGCGAGUCGACAGGGAUGUCCUCCUUGUCCUGCAGCUGGCGCUUGAUGGCCAACACCGAGUCGUCCAGCUGAACAUCGAGGGUGACGGUCUUGCCUACAAUGACAGCAAACAUGCAUACACACAUCCGAUCACGUGUGCAGCCCAGCCGGGGCGUGCCGAUCAUCCUGACCAUGGAGUGUUUUGACGAAGAUCUGCGUCCCUCCACGCUCCUUGGCCUCCUCAGCCACCUCUCUGGCCAUCUCACGCAUCUUGUCGGCGCCUUCUUUGGCCUCCGCCUUGAGGUGCUGCAGAUGGUGCACCUGCUCGUCCACCGGCUUGUCCGCGAGAGCCUUGAGCGCGUCGCGGUGACCAUGCUCUGCAUGGCCAACAACGCCCUUCUGCACCAUUACCAGCCCCUCCCAAGCGUGGCACAGUCUGGCAAGCGCCUUGCCGCUCUCAAGCAUGGCGAAAUUCAAAAGUUGUUGAGCUCGCAUUCAGACGUUG